AGGAGGUUCAUAUUGUGACUGAGGAGGAGAAGGAGUGAGAGAAGGUUUUAAAAGUCUUAGAAAAAAGAAGAAGAAGAAGAAGAAGGAGUAGAAGAAAGAGAAGAAGAAGUGUCUCCUGGAGUGACAAACUGGAGGAGGAAGAGAAGAAGAAGUGUGAAGAUCAGAAAAAGGAAAGAAGAAGAAAGAAGAGGGCAGCAAUGUGACUGUGAAGGAGGUGACUCAAAGGAGGAGAGAGGAAACAAAAAGAAGCUAAAAGGAGGAGAAGUGAUCACAGAUGCCCCACGAGGAGGAGAGAAAGGAGCUGAUGUGACUUUGGGGUAAAAGCAAAAGUCGACCUGGAGGAAGAGGAGGAGCAGAAGAAGAGCAGAGUUAAUUGAUUUGAGGAGCAGAUCUAUUCCUGACGAUGGGCUGCUGUCUGUUUGUUUACUAUCGGAAGAAGAGGAAGCAGGCCAGCAGAGAUGCCGACUCCCUCAGUCUCUGCAGUCUGGACAUCAACGAGCCCGGCACCAAGCGCAGUAAACUUGUGUCCAGGGUGACGUCUCUGGCCGGCCUUCUGCCGCCUGUCAAGACCGCCCCGCUGAAGAGGAUCGGACAGACGCUGCAGCGCUCCAUCAGUUUCCGUAAUGUGAGUCAACCGGAGAGAGACAUUCAUCCUCCUCCACCUCCUCCUCCUCCCUCCUCCUCCUCCACGAUGAUGAAGAGGCGGGUCAUCUCGGCGACAGUCUCCAACCCUUCCUCCUCCAUGUCUGCGACGCGGGUUUCCACGGCAACGGGCCAAGCAGCCAAGCGACGUGACAGUAAGCUCUGGAGUGAGACGUUCGACGUCAGACUGGGAGCGACGCAGCCUCUGAGCCCCAAAGAGAUAAAACGACAAGAGGCGAUAUUUGAGUUGGCUCAGGGCGAGCAGGACUUGGUGGAGGAUCUCAAGUUGGCUAAGAAGGCCUACCAUGACCCGAUGCUGAAGCUGUCAAUCAUGACCGAGCAGGAACUGAACCAGAUCUUUGGCACUCUGGACUCGCUGAUACCGCUGCAUGAAGAUCUGCUGAGUCGACUACGAAACGCCAGAAAACCUGACGGCUCCACAGAACAUGUGGGAAACAUCCUGACGGACUGGCUUCCCUGUCUCUCCUCCUACACGUCCUACUGCAGCAACCAGGUGAAGGCCAAGGCCUUGUUGGACCAGAAGAAGCAGGAUCGGCGGGUCCAGGACUUCUUGCAGCGCUGUCUCCAGUCGCCUUUUAGCAGGAAGUUGGACCUGUGGAACUUCCUGGACAUCCCCCGCAGCCGACUGGUGAAGUACCCGCUGCUGCUCCGGGAGAUCGUGAAGCACACGGCCAACGACCACCCGGACCGGCAGCACCUGGACGAGGCGAUGCUGAUGGUUCAGAGCGUGGUGGCGGACAUCAACAGGCGGACGGGGGAGUCCGAGUGUCAGUACUACAAAGACCGUCUGUCGUACACGGAGGACGGACAGAAGGACGAGCUCAUCGCCCGGUCCAGAACCCUCAGCUGCCACGGAGAACUGAAGAACAACAGAGGACUCAAGCUCCACGUCUUCCUCUUCCAGGACGUCCUCGUCAUCACCAGGUCCGUCUCGCUGAACGACCAGACGGUCAGCUUCCAGCUCUGCCGUCAGCCAAUCCCCAUCCGGCAGCUGGACCUGGAGGACCUAGCAGACGGAGAGAUGAGAGUGGGCGGGUCCAUCAGAGGAGCCUUCAGCAACAACGAGCGAACAAAGAACUUCUUCCGGGUCUCGGACCGGACAGGCGGACCGCUGCAGAGCCACUGCUUCCAGGCCAGCGACGCCUUCAACAAGCAGCAGUGGAUCAACUGCAUCAGACAAGCCAAAGACGCCGCAGCGCUGACCGGAGAUCAGCCACCACAGACGGGACAAUGUCUGGAGACGGGGCUGCUGGGUGGACAGAUAGGGCUGCUCUGUGAGACGGCUCUGAGUCUGAGCGGUGAUUCAGGGAUUGAGGAUGAAAAGGGGGUGAGGGGGGAGAUGGAAACGGGCGUGGGUUUGGAAGGAGAGGCGGUGGAGGAAGAUCUGGGUUUGUGCAAAGAUGCCCGCGUGAGUUUGACGGGUGGGGAGAUGGAGACGGGUUUGGAGUUAGUUGGAGUGACUGUGACGGACGGUGAGACGCUGCAGACAGUAAAUGAGACGGAGACGGGUGAGACGGAGACGGGUGAGAUGGAGACGGGACAGGAUGGGGAGAUUUGUGCAGAGCCAGGAGCCGGAGCAGACCGAAAGAUGGAUGGAGGAGAGACUCUGAGCGGAGUUGCCAGUGAUGUUCCCCCCGCCUCCCCUCUCUCCUCUGCUCCCCCCUGUCGAGAGGAGCAGGAGAAGGAGGUGAUGGAGGAGGAGGAGGAGCGGAGUACCACUGACGAGGAGGAGGAGGUCGUCAUGGACACCGGCGAUGUUGACUCCCUGUGGUGCGAGGAGCUGAGCUUCAGGUGCUGAUGAUGCUUGAACCAAAACAAAAAACUCACUGAGGAAAUGCCGGCCAAUCGAAAGCGGGCACCUGAUGAUGAUGUCACGUCAAUAGAACAUCAGACAAAGACAACGUGUUCCGGAACUCUGUACUUGCUGUGUCCUAACUGCUUGUAACCGUGGUAACCACUUUGUUCUAGAACUCCUCAACAACGGUCACCGCAGCGAUCUUGGAGCGCUGGCACCAUGUGACUAUAAGUGGAAGUAUUAUGGAGAACUGUUUACCAUGUUCAAAGAUGGCUUCCUGUUCACCAGGCACAGAAUCAGGAUUUCCGUUUUGGUUUUGAAUUUGGUUUUGUUUGGCACAAAAUUAUUUCCUGUUACGGCUCCAUGAGACUUUUGGACCCAAUGGCUCAACUUCCAAUAAAGCAAAGACUGAUCAGAAAAAUAAGAUUACGUUUUUUACUGCCUUUUGAAGAAGGCCACCGGCUGUCACGUGACCUGCAGUUCCAACUGUGGUCACUAUGCCAGAAAUCAAAUGCACAAGGCAGCCAACACUUUAUUGAUUGAUUAACUGUUUGGUCUGUUACGUGACUUUUUAAUUUACAAGAAGUCUCCACAGGGGACCUUUAAUAAAACACUGCUCCACCUAUAGUUUUUAAAUUGAC